GGUGACUUUUUGACGUUCCCGAUGAAGAAGGAAUCUGGUGUUUGCAAAUUCUCACAUUCAAUCAGAAAAAACAUUUAAAUUUUGUAGAUGAUAUACAGAGAGAGCAACUCGUUCCAUGAAUCAGGCAAUCCCGGAAGACACCAAUGAUAACAAUCAGCAAAAGUUCUCGGAUCUAACUUCUGCUCCGGCGUCAUGAGUUUCCCAUUUAUCGAACCGUAAAAUGAGUCCACCAUAUGUAGGUGUUGAAUAUGAGGUAGUCUGCGUCUUUCCAGUUCUCGCCGUGUUUCGAGAUUGAAUUAGGAAUGAUUACUGGAUCGGUCUUCCCGUCUCUCUUGUCUGGAGGAUCAGCAUUUGAUUCGACUAGGAAAGGUGCCCAAAAGCUGGGACUGACCUUGGCAAAGAGCAAUCUUGAGGUUGCCAUCUCCAUUUCUGGAUGUGUGACGUUAUCAAGAACCCAUUUUCCUGUGAAAACAUCACAGAAUUCUAAUGGAACAAGAUCAGUUAUGUGUAUUGAAUUCCUGAAACUGGCCAACCCUCAGCUGCUUCUCGUUGUACAGAUAGCAUCCGAGAAGGAAUACGGGAAGAAGAAUGACUGCAAAGUAUAG